AUGAUACUAAGUUUUCAACAAAAAAGUCAACUUUUUAAAAUCUCACAUGUAUUACCAAAGACGAGAAUAGCCUUUCGAAAAUUUUAUGAUCCAAUACAAGAAAAAUGGCCACGAAUAAUAUACCGAGCAUAUGCUCAUGAAAUUAAUGAUACCCCAGAAAAAAACGAAAAAAAAAAAGACCUUAAUACAGAAAAUAUCGAAAAAAGUAGCAAAAAAAAUACUAUUUCUGAAGAGGAUGUAAUUCCUCGUGGAUUUGAAAACUUUUUUGGAAAACCUAAAAGGUCUAUAACAAAAAAAUCAUACUCAAAAGAAACAAACGAUUAUGGAAAAAGAUCAACAAAAGGAAGUCAGAAUUUUAACGAAAUAAGAAUUAAUGCAAAUUCUGUUUUAUCAGUAUGCAUUAUUACCUAUAUUAUUUAUCGGCUUGCUGUUCUAAAAAGUAGCAAAGAAAUCACAUGGCAAGAAUUUCGUACAGCUUUUCUAGACAAAGGAAUGGUUGACAAAUUGACAGUUAUUAACAGAAAUAAAGUACGUGUUCAUUUGCAUUCAAACCAAACAGGUCAAAUGUAUCCCGGAGCUCGUAUAAAUACCAAUCAAAGUCAAUAUUAUUUUAGUAUCGGAUCAGUAGAAGCCUUUGAAAAGAAACUUGAUGCAGCACAAGACGAGCUGAAUGUUUCACAUGAUGAGAGGAUUCCUGUUGCAUUUCAUGAUGAAAUUUCAGUUAUUAGUACUAUUCUUUCGUUCGCACCUACCUUAUUAUUAAUUGGGAGUAUAUUUUGGCUUUCAAAAAGAGCAAGCGGUGCAGGAGGAAGUCACAGUGGAAUUUUUGGUAUAGGAAAAAGUCGUGCAAAAAUGUUUAAUCAUGAAACUGAUAUCAAAAUUAAAUUUAAAGAUGUCGCAGGAACAGAUGAAGCUAAAGAAGAAGUGAUGGAAUUUGUUAAAUUUUUAAAAAAUCCAUCACAUUAUGAAAAAUUAGGCGCUAAAAUUCCAAGAGGAGCAAUUCUAUCAGGUCCUCCAGGAACAGGCAAAACACUUCUUGCAAAAGCUACAGCAGGCGAAGCAAAUGUUCCAUUUCUUAGUGUAAGCGGCUCGGAAUUUGUUGAAAUGUUUGUUGGAGUAGGUCCUUCCAGAGUAAGAGAUCUUUUUUCGACUGCUCGAAAAAAUGCACCAUGCAUUAUUUUUAUGGAUGAAAUUGAUGCUAUUGGUAAAGCAAGAGGCAGAGGAAAUCAAUUUGGAUCGAACGAUGAAAGAGAAAGUACAUUGAAUCAACUUUUGAUAGAAAUGGAUGGAUUUAGUACAUCAGAACAUGUUGUUGUUCUUGCUGGAACAAAUAGACCUGACGUACUCGAUAAUGCACUUCUUAGACCAGGAAGGUUUGAUAGGCACAUUACAAUUGAUCGGCCAGAUAUAUCUGGUCGAGAAGCUAUUUUUAUGGUUCACUUAAAAAAAAUUAAAACAGACGAAAAGUUAGAAAAUAUAGCAAAGCGAUUAUCUACUUUAACACCAGGAUUUACAGGAGCAGAUAUUGCAAGUACAGUAAAUGAAGGAGCAUUAAUAGCUGCACGUCACCGAGCAGAUAAAGUCGAAAUGAUUCAUUUCGAACAAGCAAUUGAGCGUGUUGUAGCAGGCCUUGAGAAAAAAAGCAGAGUACUAAGUCCUCAAGAAAGAAAUACUGUUGCUCACCAUGAGGCCGGUCAUGCUGUAGCGGGCUAUUUUCUUGAACACGUUGAUCAAUUGCUUAAAGUUUCUAUUAUUCCUCGUUCCAAUGGUGCAUUAGGUUAUGCAAGCUAUUUACAAAAAGAAAAAUACUUAUUAUCUAGAGGACAUAUUUUGGACAAUAUGGUAAUGACAUUAGCAGGGCGAGUUUCAGAAGAAAUAUUUUUUCCUAAUGUAGAGAUUACAUCAGGUGCAAGUGAUGAUUUUUCUAAAGUAACAAAAAUGGCUACGCAAUAUGUUACAACAUGGGGACUAUCAGAUCUUGGAACUGUCUCAUACCAAAUAAAUAAUGACCAAUUUCAAAAACCAUUUUCAGAAGAAACUGCACGAAUGAUUGAUUCAGAAGUAAGAAAAUUAAUUAAAAAAGCACAUUCUAGAUGCCAUGAACUUCUUGCAAAACAUAAAGAAGACGUUUCAAAAAUUGCAAAACUUUUAUUAGAAAAAGAAGUUAUUGGUUUUCAAGAUGUACAAGAGCUUUUAGGUCCUCGGUCAUAUUCUUCUAAAGAUGUUGCUUUACAGACAGAACCGAAUUAUCAACCUUCUCAUGAUAUAGAUAAUCCAUCGUCUCACGUUCCAAAUGUUGCAUAAUCAUAACUAUUUAAAUUAUAUAUAUGCUCAUUUAUACUGUUAUAUUAUUAAUAUCAAUGGUUUUUAGGAAGAAAUACGAUAAAAUUUGAAAAAAUAUAUUCUUA